AUGGGGCUCCCCUCGCACCGACACCAGGGGCCGCCUAGCCCAGGACUUUGCGGCGGGUCUCGGCCUGGUCCUACUAAACAGGAGCCGGGUCAGCACCUUUGUGGGGGGACGGGGGGAGUCCAUCGCAGACAUUACAUGGGCUUUCCCCAGUGCCCUGAAAAGGGUACGAGGAUGGAAGAGGUGCGCGAGCAACGCCGCCGAUUACACAGGGAGAAACGAUGGGUCCUGAAAAAGCUCGACCUCAAAGCCCUCGAGGUCAGCCUCCUAGCCUCCACAUGGGCGGAGGGUGAGGCUGACCUUGGAGCCGAGGAGGAGGCGGAGCGCCUGUGCGAUGCAAUGUCGAGAGCUUGUGACGCCUCCAUGCCCCGCAGCCGGCCGAUGGCGCGUUGUGCCGCCUACUGGUGGUCCACGGAGCUGGCCAAACUUAAACGAGCCACCGUGGCCGCCAGGCGGGCAUACACACGCGCCAGGCGACGGGGCGUAAAGGCCGUAACGGAAGAAUCCAUGGCGGUCCUCAGAGACUAUAAAAAAGCUCUGAGGACCGCCAUCGCGCGGUCAAAGGUCGCGGCUUGGGAGGACUUAGUUUCCAAACUGGACCGCGACCCGUGGGGGAGGCCGUACAAAAUAGUACGGAAGAGGCUCCGCGCAUGGGCGCCUCCAGUGACAGAGACGGUGGAACCCCAGUUCCUAAACAGGGUGGUUGACACCCUGUUCCCCAUCAGGGGGAGGGAUAUUCCGGAAAAAACCGGCCCUCCCCCGGACUGGCGGGAGGAGCUGGGGGUUUCCAACCAUGAAAUGGCCGCGGUUUUUGCCCGCAUUAAGGGUCAAACAAGGGCACCCGGGCCAGACGGUAUAUACGCCAAAUGCCUCCGAGAAGAAACAUCCCUCAGGAGAUGGAAAAGGGCCAGGCUUGUCCUCCUUAAAAAAGAGGGCAAGCCUGCGGAGAGUCCCUCCGCGUACAAGCUACUGUGCAUGCUGGAUGAUGCGGGCAAGCUCUUUGAGCGCAUCAAAGCAAACCGCAUCAUCCGGCACCUGUCCCGGGAAGGUCCCAACUUGUCCCCCGGCCAAUACGGCUUUCGAGAGGCGAGAUCCACCAUAGACGCAGUACUAAUGGUGCGAUCCCUCUCGGCGGCCAUCAUGGGGGACGGGAAGGUGGAGUUGGCGAUAUCUCUAGAUAUUGUCAACGCCUUCAACAGUAUCCCCUGGGGCAGGGUAGUGGAGGCGCUCGAGGAAUAUCACCUCGUGCCUCCCUAUCUUGUCUCCAUUAUAAGGGACUACUUCCGGGACAGGAAGCUGGAGUUCCGAGACAAAAAACAGACUUUAGCAGUGGAGGGACAUGUCGUGUGGCGUUCCGCAGGGGUCAGUGCUUGGCCCCCUGCUAUGGAACGCCGCAUACAACGCAAUGCUCCGUACGGUCCUUCCCCCUGGCUGCCACAUGAUCGGAUACGCGGACGACACAUUAGUGAUGGCCAGGGGGGGAAGUCUCCUGGGGAAGAACUGCCAAAAUGGGCAAUUGGGCGGUAG